UCGUUGUUUUUGCUGAUACAGACUAACACAGCUGCCACUCUGAAAUAUUGCUCAAGAGUCAUCCCUCUUUUUCCUCUGCUGUCUCCUUUGGCUUUGAAUCAAUUCACUGGUCAUCAGAAGAUUAUCUGAUGACAAAUAAUCUAGGGAUGUAAAAUGUUAACUGGUAAGCAUUAGUCCAACUGGUUAACCAUAACAGUUAACUCCUGGCCCCAGUCGUGCCGGAUUGACCCCAGCUGCUUAAUCGGUUAACCAUUUAAACAAAAUAUUUUGUUUGAAUGUUUAACUUUUUAAUUGGUAUUUACAUCCCUUAAAUAAAGCAAGAUUAAAAUAGAGCUAAGGAAAAUAAACUGCAACAUAAUAGGCAACCCCGCGGGGAAGGUAUUGGGCCGUUCUUGAGCAAUCCUUUCUAAAACUAUUGAGACUUUAACAACGUUUUAAUAGUAAUACACAACAUCUGGAAUUGUGAGCAUUUCUAGCUUCACUGAAAUACAAAACAGAAAACUUGCCCAAGAUCCCCCAAACAUUAGCACUGGAAUGGCAAUAGCUGGAGUCAUUUUAUUUGCAAAGAGUAUUAAAUUGACAACAAAAUUUACGAGUGCUUUGGAUAUACCAGUAGAAUUUAUAGAAAAGAAUGUGAAACUACGAGGAAGGUUAUGUCACAUAACUGAGAAAGGACUAGAAGUUGAACAUGUUCCCAUUAGCCUUCCUUUCCUGUCAUCAUUACAGAGAAAAUGGCAAUCAAAUGGUGUUUUGCUGGUCAGACUUGCUGGAGUGGAGCUGACACCGAAUGCUGUGGUCUGGUUACAGGAAGAGUUAAAACCUGCAGAAAUGAUGUGGUUCCAGCUUCUUGGAAGGGAGGAUUUGGUGCUUGAUUGCCUCAUUUUAGUAAAUAAGGGUAGAUUUUUCAGUGUGUGUCUGAAUGAAGAGAUCUUGAGACAAGGGCUUGGCAAAACAACACGUAUUGAAGGACUACAUCAUGACUCUCCAUUAUACUGGAAGCUUCACAAAAGACUACUUCAAGCAGAACUAAAAGCCUUGAAGAAAAAUAAGGGAAUAUGGAAAGAAGAAAGUUACUUUGAAAAACUUAGAGAUCAUAUAAGUAAUAAUAAAUUUGUACAGAAGUUAAAACAAUUUGCAAACUGGCUACGAAUACAUAUUUAAAAGUGAAACAGGAAGGACUUAGCUGGAAAAAUGCUAUUUGGACAUGGAUGAGUGUCUCUUUGGUGUGUGCUUUUUAUUAACAAUGAGCUUAUGAAGGAAAGCCUAAGCCUUGAUUUUUAAGGCUUCUGCCUCAAGGAAAAAUAUAGAAAAUAGUCCUAGUAAUGUCAUUUAAAGAGAUGUUUAAAUAUAUUAUAAUUCUUGUAUAAGAAUAAACUUCAGCAUGAUGAUGCCUGCUAAAGUGUGUUAAGGCUAACAUUAUUCAAAUAUAGGAGCCAAAAGGUAUGCUUCUAAAUCCUUAAUUUAGGCUCCUAAAUAAGUGGUCAGAUUUUCAAGAGUGCUGAACACCCAGAUGACCCCAUUUACAUCAGUGGAAAUUAUUGAAAAUCCUAUUUUUGAAGAUCUGAACUAUUCAUGUACAGUGUGACACUUUACUUACAUUGCAGUGGAAUAUAAUACAAUAUGCAGGAGGAUUGCAUGAAAACGGAAUAUUAAUUAUUAGAUAUCACCUAAAGAAAAUAACUUUCCAAUACUUCUGCUUUCUUGGACCUUUGUUGUACAUAAGUGUUUUUGUUUGAGUCCGAUAUAAGGGAACACAUAUGUACUAUGUUUACUAUUUGUGUGUUUUAAAAGUUUAAUAUGUUGAAUAGCUAGUUCUACUAUGUAAUUAAUAGAAAAGAUGACUUGACACAGCUGAUCUUAAAAAGAAGAGGGUAUAGAAGUUCCUAACCACAAGAAUUUAAAUUUAGAAACACAGUAGGUGAGCAUAAGUUAGUACAUCAAUAAACUACUUAUUUGGUUGUAGUAUAAAUACAUUCGUUUAUACAUUUGUAAAGAAUUGCAGAAUUUAAAGAUUAUAAUCUGGUGGAAGUGACCUUUUGAAUAUUCAUCGUUUGUUUCUAUAUCUAGGUUAAAUCAAGUGAAUUAUACAUGUUUUGUAGUCAAGAGCACUAAACUCUGUGCAACCUUAAAAAUUAAACAUGGCACAUUAAAUUUCUUAUUCUCCUCUGUUCUUAUACUUAGCUGCAAUUUUUUAAAACUGAGGACACUUAUACUUUUGAAGGAUGAAAUAGCCAAAAAACCUAUUAUGAGAGCAGUAUACUUGUGUGUGUGUUGAACUUUUAUGAUCUUGAUAAUAACAGUUUGCCACCAGAAUAGAUCUGACAUUCUGUCUUUAUGGAAAGGUGUAUUCCUUUUAAGAGUAGGGCAGGCUGAUAACCCUUUCUAGGAUAUAGAAUAAUUAGGGCUGUUGAGCGAUUAAAAAAAUGAAUCAUGCGUCCAUGCUGAUGACGGGUUCUGUUCAAUAACAAUCCAAAGCAGUAGAGACCGACGCAUGCUCAUUUUCAUUAUCUGAGUCAGAUGCCACCAGCAGAAGAUGAUUUGGGUUCUGUCUAAAUGACCAGCAUUGUUACAAAUGGCUACUUUUAUUUGUGUUUAAUUAUAUAUCUUAUAAAGAAUAACAUAGCCCUGAUGGCACAUAAGGCUGUAUUUCCAUUCAGGAGUUCUGCUGAUAAGAGACCACAAAAGCAAACUCCUAUAUUUGUUUAUGUUUAUGAUUUUUUUUUAUUGUCAUUCAGGACUGAUCUAUAGAAAGGCUCCAUUCAGAAACAAAUAGCUAUGGUGUUCCGGACUGUGCAAAUCUUGAAAGGGUGCAGAUCUUGUCUCUGUAGGAGGCCUGUCUAUUCAGAAGCUAAUAAUAGAGUAGAAACAAACAGCUCUGCAGCAGCCAGUGGUGGAGCUGACUGGGAGGUAGGAAAAAACUAUUUUCCUUGUGUGCCCAUUAAUGUCCUAUUCUAUCUAUACUGAGCAUCCUCCAGUUCCUCCCUGCUGCCUUAGCAGCACUGCACAUGAUGAGCAUUUCCAGCUUUAGGUUGCAGUACCUGCAUGAUCAGGGAUGGGGGAAAAGACAGAUGAAACUACAUGGCCCGGGCAGCUCAGUCUCUGAAAUUCUGUAUACAUUAUAAACAAACCUCUUAAUGGGGUGGUGUAAGUGAGAGGCGAUGCCUCCAAAUGGCCUGUUAAAUAAAAAUGGUCAGGUUUGCAUUUCCCCUUUACUGCUAUAGCGGAUGUUAAAGACAAAUGGUUGUCAUAAAUAACUCUUCCUGGUGGCCAUAGAAGUUUGUCAGCAAAUUUUGGGUCAUGGCCUUUUUAAAAUCCUUCCUUUUGGACUAAUAAUAAAGUGUAAGUUGUGGAUUGAGUCCUGCUUAUGAAGUAUAGGGAGGGCUUCACUGAGCAUGUAUGAUUAUCUGUGGUCGGAAAAUUCAUCAUUGUGAAUGCUAUGCUGUUUACUGCGCACACCCAAUGUUGAAGUCACUGAAGGCAGGAGAGAAAGAAACAGCAAGAAAAAUUCCACCUACACAAGAGUCCUAUGAAAAGAAAGUUGAUAAAAACAAAAGUCUUUCUUUCCUUUCCCACACCUGGCUAGCUAGAGAUCAUGCAGAUUCCCUUAUGUAAAACUCUCCACACCCACUGUGUAGAUCUUUAAAUAUAAAAGAAAAAUUACUAUACUGAAAAUAGAGUUUUGUUAGAUUUCCACUUCCUUCACCAUGGGGGUGAAGUCCUGAGCUCUCUGAGCCAGAGGGAAACUUAAAAGGCUUUUGAAAGGUCAUAGAUAUUCUGUAUUGGAGGGGUGUCAAAUUCAUUCUGGAGACAGGACCAAAUUCCAUUUUAAUUAUUGUCCCCCGGUGAAUGUAAAUCAGGCAUAUAUGUCUCCUUCUUUCUUCUCUUUGAAUUUCCCACUGUUCAACUACUCUCAAGUCCUCCUUUAUGGUAGACUUCACUCCAACCCCCUUCCUCAGACCAUCUGCUAGAAUGAUCAGCAAUCAAAUAGUUCAUGGUGACAUUUAAAGUGUCACCACUGGACUUUCGCAUUAACGCUCCAGUGAGAUUAAUGGGAUGGCCAGGAGAAUCUAUAAUGGUCAGAGCCAUUGCUGAGGAUUGAAAACUCCCUUAAAUAAAUAAAUUAUAUAGAUUCUUCGUGAAUAUAUCAUGCAGGCCACAUAAAUAUGUUAAGUGGGCCAGGUGAGGCAUUUGAUCAAAUAUUCAAAAGGGGUUAUAGAAAACAAGUUAAUGUUUUGUAUUUAUUCAGAGAGCUCCGGAAACUUAACUGUUGCAUUGUACAGUCUUGAGACAACAGGAGGCAGGGUCUUUCCAGCAAGGGAUUGUGAUGGUGGAAUUCUCUCUCCCAUUAAAUUCUCCAGGGCUACACUUGAUUUAUUUGUUUGUUUUUUUUCUUUCCCCUCCCCUUCUGCCUAACUUGGUUCCUGUUCUGGGAUUUACUUGGACUUGUUUAACUAGUUGCAAAUUAUGGGCCAUAUUAUGAGUACUCUUGUGUGAAUGUACUGGAGAUAAGAGUGCACAGGGAGCCCCUUCACUCCUCUAGCUGCUACAUGUAUAAGAUAGUCAUAAGUCAGUAUAAAGCACAAGAGAGGAGUGGUACAAGUUUACUGCUAGUGUUAAUGGCGGGUAGACACAGAGUGGGUGAAUAGCAGAGGUGCUGGAACAAUUUUGGGGGUGCUGAAGAUGGAAACCAUGUAUUUGAUGUUUGUUAUUACUACUUCAAGCCAGGGAGUGUAGCAGCACCCCCACUACUCCUCGUUCCAGCACCACUGAUGAAUAGUAAGUUUAUGUAGGGUGAAUAAUGUUAGUGAAUGAAGGGUGUGUGAAAAUAGAAUGCGUGAGUGCAGUGUAAGUACAGAUGUAAGGAGGUGAAACAGUGAGAGGGUGAACUUACCUCAUGUAAAAUGAUAAGGAACUAAGUGUAUUUAAUAAUGUAUUUAAUGGAUCAUAUAUGUACAUAUAUAUCAAAAUAGCUAGUAAUAUUAUAAGCAAGUGCAUAACCAGUAUAACUAAUGGGAGGACUAGUUUGUAGGAUGGCCUUUGAAUAACCUUUUGGGAGGGAAUGCAAAACAAAGCCGUUUGGCUAAUUAAGAUUUGAUGUACUAUCUAUUCUUUUAUUCAACUCUUGAAUUGUCCUUCAUUUUGGGUACAGGACAAGGACUAAGUUAAUCGGCGGUCAUGAUGACCCAGCCAAGUAUACUCCGGAUAAACAAGGAAAGUCCCCAAAGAUCCUGUGAAAUAUUAAGAUUAAUAGUUUUUAUGGCUAAUAAGUAAAUAAACAUGUUACAUAAUCUAGUGUUAUGUGGAAUCUUAUAUUUGGUCAUAGAUAUUGUUAAUCAUUAUUGUGUAACAGAUCAGAGACGAGGGGUGUUGAUAGAAAGCAGAGUAUCAUCUUGGGCAUAAAAGAGUGCACGGAGACAUGUCUUUGCCUUUGUUUAUGUACAACCUUGUUGUAUGUACUCAACCUGACAUGCCUUAAAUGAUCACUGGGAUGUGGCUCUCUGUACCUAUGCUGAAUAAAUCUGUUCCUUGGAUCUGAACUCUGGACUUAGCAGUGAUUGUCAGCUUUGCUAGGUUCGUAAGGCAACCUGUGGGCCUGGUUGGUGUCCUGAAAACAUCCUCAAAACAGGUAGCGUAAACGUGAGUUUGAAUGAGUGCAGGGGGAGAGAGUGAAAAUAAAGAGUGAGAUGGAGAAAGGAAGAUUCUUGGGGCUUGAUUCUGCACUCAAUCCAGUUUUACCCUUUUGUUGCACACUGACUUCAGUAGUUAUGAUUUGCACCAGUGUAAUCAAGAGCAGAAUUUUGCCCAUGGAUUAGGAUGGAGAGAAAAAGGAAGAGGUUGAGAAGAGAGGGUGAAAGGCAGAGGGCCUGAUUCUCCACUGUGAGACCAGUUUUGGGUCUAUAUAGUUUCAGUGGUGUUAGACCAGAAAACCUGAGAAUCAGGUCCAGUGUGUGCAAGUCCACAAGAAGAGAGAAAUAGAAUAAAAUAAUUAAGAGAGCGAGAGAAAGGAGGGAAAAGACAAAAAGUGGAGACAAAAAAUGAAACCGGGAUAGAGAAAUUAUGAAGAGAAAGGGAAAAAAAUAGAAAUGAUACAACUUCAUUAAAGUAACAACAUUGUAGCUUUUAUUUCAUUUUCCUACACUAACCUGCAUUUUUGGGACAGUUCCAAAGAUUAUUUAAGAGAUUAUUUAAAAAAUGCAACUGAUAUUGUCGUUCACACAGUUUUCCCCUUUUGACUCAUAAGGGAGACACUACAGCUUCCUAACCUAUGGCACCAACACAUCUACAGCAGGCUUAGUUACCAAAAUUCCAACAACACAGGUGUAGCUGAUCAGGAAGACAAUUAUAGGCACUGCCUGCUGAUGGAGAGAGGAACUCCCAGUGCAGAGGAACCUGCAUUUGUUUUCAAACCACAUGCCAUAUUUAACAAUAAUAAUAAUAAUAUAAUAAAAAAUAAGAGUUUAGCUGGAUUACAGGCUAAGAUGAAGAUAAAAAUGUU